AAUAUUUAAGACGAAGUCCAGAGCGCAGAUGAAUCUCAUUCAGUCUGGAGAAAGCAUCUCGACCAUGACAAUCAAGUUGCCCUUAGCCUCGGUCUUCGAUAAUCCGAACUGCCUGCUGGGUCGCAGGAACCGGCAUCAGUUCCUGGUUACCUUGCUGGUAAACAUUGCCACCUUCUCGCAUGGCCUGGGCGUCGGAUGGAUGUCGCCGGUGAUGAGGGAUCUGCAGACCGAUGAGUCGCCCCUGAACUUUCCCGUUUUGGUUAGCCAGGUGUCCUGGAUAGGAUCACUCGUGGGCAUUGGCAGUGUGUUGGGCAAUCUACUGGCCGGAUUUCUUCAGGAUCGCAUUGGUCGCAAGCUGAUCUUGUUCUUCAUUGCCAUACCGUAUACGAUCUUCUGGUUCCUGGUUUACUUCGCCCAGAGUGUGGAGUUCCUUUACAUCGGACGACUGAUGGCCGGCAUGACGGGUGGCGCCUGUUACGUCGUCCUGCCGACCUUCAUAAGCGAGAUAGCCGACACCAAGGUGCGCGGUCGGCUGGGCUCUAUUAUCUUAUUGUCGGUGAACAUGGGUGUUCUGGCGGGCUAUAUUGUGUCCACGAGUUCGGAUUACUAUACAUCUCCCCCGUUCAUUAUCGUGCUGCCAGUUUCUUACUUCAUCUGUAAUUUCUUCAUCCCGGAAACACCGCAUCAUCUUAUCCGCAAGGGCAAAGUAGAUGCCGCUAAAAGGUCGUUCAUGUUCUACAAAAACAUCAGGAGGGAAGACAUCAAGGCGGAGAGUGAGUUCGAGGACCUGAAGUAUCUCGUACUUAAGGAUCAGACAGAGAAGGACAAGUCUUUUGACUACAAGGAUUUCAUUACCAAGCCUGCCUUUAAGGCCUAUGCCUCUGCCGGUGUCCUGCUCAUUUGCAACCAAUUCAGUGCCAGCUUUUGUGUGACCACCUAUUUGUCGGAUGUCUUCGCGGCAUCUUACACCACCCUGAACUUGGGCAUGUGCACCAUUAUCAUUGGAGUGCUUCAGAUCGUCGGCAACUAUGUGACCACCCUGCUGUGCGAUAAGUACGGACGCAGGAUUCUCAUGCUGACCUCAUCUUCCGGGGCUUCUAUUUGCCUUCUUGCCUUUGGUACCUUUACUUACUUCGCCAAGAGUUAUGAUCUCUCGGUAGUUGGUUGGCUGCCACUCGUAAUAUUGUCCUUCUUCGUCUUUCUCUGCAACAUCGGCAUGGUGGGAUGUCUCUUUGUGGUCCUCGUGGAGAUCUUUCCGGCUAAGAUACGAUCUGUGGGUGUAUCCACGUUUGUGGUCAUUUUGAGCAGCACUGUAUUCCUCACUCUGAAAAUUUUCCCCAUUUGCAUGGCCAUCUGGGGCAUCUCGGUUACCAUGUGGUGCUGUAGUGGCAGCACGUUCUUCUGCUUUCUCUACUUUUGCUUCUUUCUGGAAGAGACCAAAGGCAAAUCGCUACUGGAGGCUUAGUUUGUUUACUGGGAAGAUAAUGGUUUAUCAAAUUUGUCGCACCUGGGCGAUUAGCCUAAGCCCGUUGCUAUCUUUACGGCCAGAGGAUACCGGACGGAUACUUAAGCCCCUUCCUCAGCGGAAAGCCCUUUCAGUGAUCAGAGAUACUUGGCCAAUGCAAGACUGAAUAAAGAGCGCGGUGUUCGUAUUAUUGCUUA